UUGUUAGCUUGGCAACCAAAUGCCCAAAGUUUCAAGUGGACCAGUCGAGAUCAUUCCAUACGUAAAUUUAUUCCACACUCCUUAAAGUAAAGUUUUACUUUAUGUAAAAACUAUUUCUACUCAAUCCCCAAAAAAUCAAAUAUGCUCUCAUUAUGUCAACCAAUUGAAGUAAAAAUGGUGGCCGCGGCCCUGAGGCGGAGUCCCGUCGCGGCGAAGACAUGGACACAGCUGUACGACGCCUUAAACUUGGACGACUUGACGAAGCGGGAAUACGAAAUGUUGGUGGAAAUGGGGUACAUUACGUACGAGGACUUAUUUCUCAGAAUUAUGGUGCAGUGGGUGUCCAUCGAGGGGGCCAAUGCUACCUGGAAAUCUCUUGUGGGGGCGAUCAAGCAGACGGGCGACAGAAAAACGAAUGGCUACGUGAUGGAAGCGGCACGUAGUUUGGCCAUUUGUUAAGGGAGGAUGCUCAAUUGAAUCAUGACGAGCAGAAGAAUGACGCGAUCGCAUUUAGUACAACGAUAGCAUGUAGAUAAAAAUUUAUUAGUUGUAUAUAAACACAUACGUAGUUAUCUGUGCGAUAAAUAGGAUACGUCAUGAGUUGUGUUGAGCUUAUCAAAAGUUUUGCUGAGCAAUACAACUCAUGGCGUACAUACAUACAUAAAUACAUACGUAAUCCUAUCUAGAGACGCAUGUCUUGUCUUUAUUUUUAUUAAAAAUAGCGACAACCUGUGAUUCACAUUAGUAAUUAAAUCAUGUUAUUAAUAAGCGCUACACACUCAGUAUAUUUUAAGAAAACGAGUUUUGGUAAUGAAGGCGUCUAAGAUAUUUGCGUACGGAACAUUAAGCAAAGGUUGUAUAUAAUAUUAAUUAAUAUUUAUUUAUUUUCCCGUAAUGAGGGUGACAUUUAUACUUUGAGUAUAAAAAUGAGAAACUGACAAUAAAAAGAAUUGCAUAUGUGUACAAAAUUAAAUAAAA